GUUAUCGACGACAUUCACUCAUUACAGAUUACUCUUAUUAGUUAUUUGUUAUUCAGUUUGUAGAAUCUCAAAGUUAGUGUCAGAUUAAUUUGUUAUUAUUCAAGUUCAAAUAUUAAGUAACCAUCAUGGCCCCCAAUAAUUCUGGUUGUGGUCCGGGAUAUGCUACACCUCUAGAUGCGAUGAAAAAUGGACCAAGAGAAAACCUCCUAUAUGUGAUUUGUGUACAACCAAAUGAGGGACCUGGUAAAUCCGAUUUGUUAGCAACAGUGGACGUCAAUCCAGAUUCUCCUACAUAUUGCCAGAUAAUCCAUCGUUUGAGAACUGGACACCCGAAAGACGAACUGCACCACUCUGGAUGGAAUGUCUGCUCAAGUUGUCAUUCCUCCACGGGUUGCGUCGAUGCCCCACCACGAGACAAGCUGGUGCUGCCAGCUUUGGGCUCUGACAGGGUGUACAUAGUCGAUGUCGCCAAAAAUCCUCGUGCUCCAGAAUUUCACAAGGUAAUUGAAAGUUCAGAAAUAGUGAACUUCAAUUGCAGGACACCUCAUACUGCACAUUGUUUGGCUUCUGGAGAUAUAAUGAUUGCCACUAUGGGCGAUAAAGACGAAAACGCGAAAUGUGACUUCAUUCUUAUUGAUGGAAAAACUUUUAAAACGAAAGGUACAUGGAUCAACGGAAAGGCCCCCAAAUUCAACUACGAUUUCUGGUACCAGCCCUAUUUCGAUGUGAUGGUCUCCACCGAAUGGGGCAUACCGAGGCUUUUCAAGAAGGGUUUCGCAGCUGAACAGACAAUCAAUCCGGAAAAAUACGGCCGAAGCCUGAACUUCUUCUCCUGGAGUAAGCGCCAACUGGUGCAGUCGAUCGAUUUGGGCGUAGACGGAAUCGCUCCGCUCGAAGUGAGGUUUCUUCAUGAUCCCAAAGAACCUCAGGGAUAUGUGGGAUGUGCAGUGAACGGAAAUAUCUUCAGGUUCUACAAAAAAGAAAAUGGCACAUGGGCUGCAGAAAAAGUCAUUGAUAUUCCACAUAAGAAGGUUUCUGGAUAUACUGAUGAAUAUCUCAUAGGAUUUAUUUCUGAUAUAUUGAUAUCACUUGAUGACAAAUACCUCUAUCUAAACCUUUGGCUGCAGGGGGAUGUGAGACAGUACGAUAUCAGCGAUAGAUCUAAUCCAAAAUUAACUGGGCAAGUAUUUAUCGGAGGUAAAUUGAUGAGCGAACCGAACAUUAAACUCGUCGAUGGUGAAGAACUUCCCAGCCCCCUGUACAUCAAGGGCAAACGAUUCUAUGGUGGCCCUCAAAUGAUGCAACUUUCUCUGGAUGGAAAAAGGUUGUACGUGAGCUCCAGCAUUUUGUCUCCAUGGGAUCACCAGUUCUACCCCGAAAUGGUUGAGAAUGGUGGAAAAAUUAUCAAAUUGGAUAUCGAUACAGAGAAUGGAGGAAUGAAAGUGGACGAAAACUUUUUGGUUGAUUUCGGCGAGGGUCCUGAUGGUCCACUGUUGCCACAUGAAAUGAGAUAUCCGGGUGGAGACUGCACUUCUGAUAUAUGGAUGGCAAAGGACUGAAAUUCCGCCAUUAUUCUCCAGUUUUUUUUAACAUAUACAUAUUAUUUAGUAAACAUUAUAUUGUGGCGUUUCAUUUC